AAUUCAGCAGAUCUCCCAGUGCAUCCCGCAUGUGUCAGAUGGAUGGGAGGAAUGAGAGCAGGAUGACCCAAUUCAUCCUCCUAGGACUGACAGAUGGCACGGAGCUGCAGGUCCCUCUCUUCUUCAUCUUCUCAGUGAUCUACACCAUUGCUGUGCUGGGGAACCUUGGCAUGAUCGUUUUGAUUUGGACUCACCUCCAGCUUCACACUCCCAUGUAUUUCUUCCUCGGUAACUUGUCUGUGAUAGACCUCUGCUCUGCUACUGUCUUUGCUCCAAGGAUGCUGGGGAACUUCUUUGCGCAGAGCAAAGCCAUUUCCUAUUCUGCGUGCCUUUCCCAGACUUUCUUUUUUGUUGUUUUCAUCACCACGGAGGUGUUCUUGCUAACGGCAAUGGCGUAUGACUGUUACGUAGCCAUCUGUAGCCCCCUGCUCUAUAGCACUGUUAUGACCAAGCGAGUCUGUAUGCAGUUGGUGGUGGGAUCAUACAUGGGGGGACUCCUGAACUCGCUGACACACACCUGCGGCUUGCUGGGGCUGCCGUUCUGUGGCCCCAAUGUCAUCAAUCAUUACUUUUGUGACAUCCCUCCCUUGCUGCAGCUUGCAUGCUCGGAUACCCAUCGUAAUGAGACUUUGCUGUUAGCUUUCUCUGCGGUUAUUGCCCUGUUUACUCUCUUUGUCAUCACUGCUUCCUAUAUGCUCAUCCUAUCUGUCAUUCUGAAGAUCCAGUCAGAUGAUGGCAGGAAGAAAACCUUCCACACUUGUGCCUCUCACCUGACAGCCAUCACCAUUUUCUUUGGAUCCCUUGCUUUUAGCUACAUCCAGCCCAGCUCCAGCUACUCAAUAGAGCAGGAGAAAGUCUCAGCAGUCUUCUACACGCUCCUGGUCCCCAUGCUGAACCCCUUGAUCUACAGCCUGAGAAACAAGGAGGUGAGGAGCAGCUUCAGAAGGACAUUUAGGGUGAGAGAGCUUUUCCACUAGUCACUGCAAGUGCCUGUUGCAAAACAUGCUUAGCUGCGAGAAAGGGUUUGGGGUCAUGGUUCCAAAUACCAAAAUUC